AUGCUCAUGAUUAGGCAAUGGCGCCAUGUCAAAAUGGCAAAACACGCCGGCCGGGGGCAUGACAGUGGCGGUAUCAGCGAGUCUCGUGCUGGAGUGUUGGCUGUGCUGUGCCACGCCUGCCCGCAUCCUGGGAUAAAUCUUCCUCGAGGGUGGGAUGACACCGACGGCUCUGAUAGAUGGCUGUACACUCUGUUCAUCUCUCACAAUGCCAACUUUCGACUUUUGAACCGUGUGCAUGCUCACGAUCAGCGCGACCUCUGGCUGGCACCUGGCUUGGCUUAUUUUGUACACAAUGAGCCGUAUGCAGACUACAUCAAAAAAUUCGUCGACCAGGAGGAGAUUCGCACCUGCAUUGGAUUUGCCGCCCUCAUGAACUCUUUGAACUGGAAGGCCAAAGGUUUGCAGUCCAUGGGCGUUGGGGGCAAGGGAGAAAGGUAUUGUAACAUGGAUUACAUUUUUCUUUCGAGCGUCAAGUCCAUGGACACGAAGAGGCUUGUCAUCUUCUACGACAUAGCCUGCCAAUAG